AUGCCCAUUGGCCGCCCAAACCCAUCAAGAGGAAAUGUCACACGCUUAAAACGAACCAAAACCCUAGCAAUUUUCUUCUUCCGGCGUGACGCACCCUCCUACCACUUCCAACCACCAGAGAAGAAAAUGGCGAAAUCGAAGAACCACACUGCCCAUAACCAGUCCCACAAGGCCCACAAGAACGGCAUCAAGAAGCCCAAACGCCACCGUCACACCUCCACCAAAGGGAUGGACCCUAAGUUUUUGAGGAACCAGAGGUAUGCGAGGAAGCACAACAAGAAGAGUGGUGAAUCUGCUGAGGAAGAGUAG